AUUAUACAAAGCUUCUGAGGUCCGUUUAACUGCUCCCUCUCUAUCUCUCUCUCUCUCUCUCUCAAAUGUCGAUUCUACACAGGAUUUCUCUUCUUUUGAUACUCUUCCUAUUGGGAAAUUCGGCCUCCGGCACUGUUUUCACCCUCGAGAACCGUUGCAGCUACACCAUCUGGCCGGGAACUCUCACCGGCAAUGGCGCCGCCCUCGCCGACGGAGGCUUCACAUUGCCACCUGGCGCAUCGAUGUCCUUUCCGGCCCCACCCGGCUGGUCAGGCCGCUUCUGGGCCCGCACCGGCUGCAACUUCGAUGCCUCCGGCAACGGCCCCUGCUCCACCGGCGACUGCGGCGGCCUGCUGAAAUGCACCGGUGGCGGAGCCCCACCUGCCAGCCUCGCCGAAUUCACCCUCGUCGGAGACGGCGGCAAGGACUUCUACGACGUUAGUCUGGUCGACGGCUACAAUGUCGGCGUCGGCAUCCGGCCGUCGGGCGGGACCGGCACCUGCCAGUACGCCGGAUGCGUCAACGACCUGAACGCAAACUGCCCUGCCGAGCUGCAGGUGACGGCGUCCGGCGCCGUGGUGGCGUGCAGGAGCGCUUGUUCGGCGUUCGGCGCGCCAGAGUUCUGUUGCACUGGGGCCCACUCAUCACCGUCGACGUGUGGGCCCACACAGUACUCGGAGAUGUUCAAGAAUGCAUGUCCAAGCGCGUAUAGCUACGCGUAUGAUGAUGCGUCGAGUACAUGCACAUGUACCGGAUCGGAUUAUGUGAUCACGUUCUGCCCCACUGGACGGUGAUCCUUCAUCCACGUCAGAUUUUUUAAAAAAAAUUAUAAUUUUUUGGUGGGCCAUGUGAAUGUUUGAAUGUAUU